AUGGCGGUGCAUCAAGUCCAAGUCUUUCAGCUCGGCAUCGAGACACAGUUUAACCGCCUCACGGACAGAGAGAAACGAUAUGCACAUCACAUGGCUCGAGCUGCAUGGCUUGGAACAAGGGUCAUUCUCCGACAAGUUUCUCCGGAAUCAUGUUCAAUCUUCGAUUUCAUCAUCGAACUCCAUCGCACAUGUUCUGGCAACUGGCAUUCGCUCAUUGGACCAGACGUUUCGGGAGAUGAUGUCCAGCACUUCCUGACCUACGCGGCUACCUUUCUCUCCAACAUCGGCAACUACUAUGGCUCCGGUGAUCAAAAGUUUAUCCCUGCAGUGAACGAUACAGUUCUCAAGAAGUUGGCAGACAGAUCAUCAGUGUUGGGGGACUUGUAUAAGGAAAUAUCCAAGUCCAUCGCAGUCAGACCACCGUUCAACCUUGGUUUUCCAAGCGAGACUGCUCAAAGCAGCUACUAUCCUGGAAAUACGAUGAGUGAAUCUGACGCACUCAUGGUGUCCACGAUUCUUGAGCAAAACCGUAUAUUUCCUGAGAAUACCAGGCUUCAGAAGUCUGAAGAUGGUACUGGAUUUGAGGUCCUCAUUGCGUCAGUUGAACACGGAGACUUGACGCAAUUCUCUCUCCCGAAUCGCGAAGGGCAUGUGACACUUUUAAAAGGAGAUCACUCAUCCAACCUCCAACGUGUUUGCGACGAGUUGACGGAAGCGUCCAAACACUCAGCCAACGAUCUGCAAAAAGAAGUCCUUCGUGCCUACGGUGAGAGUUUCCGGACUGGCAGUCUGGACACAUACCGCCAGUCCCAGCGGCUAUGGGUUCAAGACAAAGCUCCUAGGGUAGAAAACAUCUUCGGCUUCGUUGAACCAUAUCGCGAUCCACUCGGAAUUCGAGCAGAGUUUGAAGCUGUCGUGGCCAUUGCUGAUGACUCAGAGACUAGGCUUCUGGCCAAACUAGUUGACAACUCGGCAAAGUUCAUCCGGCGGCUGCCUUGGGCUACACCAGAAAAUGAUGGAAAAGGUCCAUUUGAGAAGAGUCUAUUUGAGCCGCCCGACUUUUCGAGCAUUCACGCUCUCGCAUAUUGCUCAAGCAUCAUAUUUCCGGGAAUCAAUUUGCCAAAUUACAAUGAUAUUCGGCAAGAGGAUGGAUUCAAAAAUGUCAUCAUUGCUAAUAGGAUGGCAGUUGAGAGCCAAGCGGAGCAGUAUCCAUUCAUUGAAGAUUCCGAGGCUAAACAGUUUAAGAAGCGCAAAUUCCCGGCUUACUACUGGUGGGUUGUGCUCCAUGAACUCUUUGGCCAUGGCACAGGGAGAAUGAUGGUUGAAAGUGUUGACGGAACUUUCAACUUUGAUGUUAAGAAUCCCCCUGUUAACCCUCUCACCGGAAAUCCCAUAUCAAGCUGGUACAAGCCUGGUCAGACUUGGACUGGUCAGUUUGGGGACCUGGCAACUACGGUUGACGAGUGUAGAGCCGAACUCGUUGGAGCGUAUUUAAUGGAUGACCCGGAGCUUCUUGAAAUGCUUGGCUUCACGGAAACGUCCGACAUUUGUGCCACUGACUUGACGUAUAAUUUGUAUCUUCAGUUGGGAGUUGACGGUUUGCGUGGUCUCUCCAACUAUAAUGUGCAAAGUGCAAAAUGGGGCCAGGCACACAGUCGGGCUCACUUUGCCAUGCUAAAGUGCCUGCUUCUUGACGGUGGCGGCGUCAUGACCAUCACGCACAAUAAGCCCAAACAUAGUCUGACAGUUCGCGUGGAUCGUUCUAAGAUUCAGACACAUGGGAAGCCCGCCUUGGAAAAGAUGCUUUUACACUUGCAUAUGUUUCGAUGCACAGCAGACGUUGAAGGCUGUCGAACGUAUUACGAGAAGUUAUCAGCUGUGGAAGGGGAGUACAUCGACUGGCGAGAGACUGUCCUUGCGAAUAAGCCACCUUCACUUGUCUUUGUACAGGCCAACACGUUUCUUGAUGGGGACAACGUCAUGUUGAAGGAAUAUGAGCCGACGAUUGAAGGCGUUAUUACAAGCUGGGCAGAGCGGAAAGUUUGA